GGGGAGCGCACCACGUACUUUUUCUGUAGCUGACAACACGCUUGAAAAGUCAAUUCAAAUCAGUAAAGAUUCCUCUUUCUUCCCCCUUCUUUUCUCUUUCUCCAUCAACAUACUCCACACAACAUGUUAUCCCGCCAAGUCCGUUCUUUCUCUACCACUGCUAGAGCCUCCAGCUACGCCGACACCAUCAAAAACUUGAAGGUUAACGCCGACACCAAGGUCAUCUACCAGGGUUUUACCGGUAAGCAGGGUACUUUCCAUGCCCAGCAGGCCAUCGACUACGGCACCAAGGUUGUCGGCGGUACCAACCCAAAGAAGGCCGGUCAAUUGCACUUGGGCAAGCCAGUCUUUGCGACCGUCGCUGAGGCCAUGAAGGCCACCGGCGCCACUGCGACCGGUAUCUUUGUUCCACCAAGCAUCGCCGCCGCCGCCAUCGAGGAAGCCAUCGAGGCCGAAAUCGACUUGGCUGUUGCCAUCACCGAAGGUAUCCCACAGUCCGACAUGCUCCGUAUUGCCCAGAUCUUGAAGACCCAGUCCAAGACCCGUCUCGUGGGGCCAAACUGCCCAGGUUUGAUUGCGCCAGAUCAGUGUAAGAUCGGUAUCAUGCCUUCCAGUAUUCACCAGAGAGGUAGAAUCGGUGUUGUGUCCCGUUCCGGUACCUUGACCUACGAAGCAGUUGCUCAAACCACCAAGGUCGGCUUGGGUCAGUCCCUUGUUAUCGGUAUGGGUGGUGAUCCAUUCCCAGGUACCAACUUCAUCGAUGCCUUGACCUUGUUCUUGAACGACCCAGAGACUGAAGGGAUCAUCCUUAUCGGUGAAAUCGGUGGUACCGCCGAAGAAGAGGCCGCCGAAUUCUUGAAGCAGCACAACUUGACCAGAGCCGUUCCAAAGCCGGUUGUUUCCUUCAUUGCCGGUGUCUCUGCUCCUCCAGGUAGAAGAAUGGGCCACGCUGGUGCCAUUGUCGCUGGUGGUAAGGGUGACGCCAAAUCCAAGAUCGCUGCUUUGCAAGCUGCCGGUGUUGUGGUCGAGCCAUCUCCAGCCAGAUUGGGUAACGCCUUGUACAAGGAGUUCGAAACCAGAGGGUUGUUGUAAUGCUGGUAAGCACUGACUUGUUCUUCACUUGUUUAACCCCUUCAAAAUUCUAAUAUAUUACGAAAAUACCGCGUGUAAGCACCGAGCCGGAACGCAGUCCGGAGUGUAGUGUCAAUUCUGGUUCGAGAGGGGUAUCGUCCUUAGAAAGCGCAGGACUCUUACCAGUGUACCACCGAUGCGUUCAGUACUCUCGGUUUAGACUGUCAUGGUAUUAGUGAUAAAUUUAGCCCGUUUCCACGCUGGAUCUCCGUCGGACACCUUGCUUAAAAAGCCCAGGAUAGCUG